CAAUGGCUCCGUUGGGAAAAAAGUGAGAUUCAAUGCCGACGGGGUGAAUGAAAAAAAGCUAAGCGAUCCUAUAGUGGCCGGUAUUGAACAGCGCAUGUGUUUCACGAAGAGGCGUCGCGACGCUGUCGCCGUGAGGGCAGCGCCGACAAGGUAGUCGCAAUCAUGCCACCACCCUGACGUUCGACCCCGUUUUUCUUCGCGCUAGUCAACGUUCAAAAUAUAGAGUCCUAACGAAAAAAAAUACAAAUAAAUAAAGAAGAAAAAAUAAAAGGAAAAAAUUUUUCUAAAAAAAAAAUAAAUAAAUCAUCUAUCUCAAUAUAAAAAUAAAAAAAAAUUAAACACAAUAAUAUUCAUCAAGAAACGAAUCGGCUCAUAUAUGUCAGAAUUUCAAGGCGCAGAUCAACCACAAAACCACGAAGUACGGAGCUCGUGAGGCCCCGAAGAAUAACGGAAAGGAGAAUGGAAAAGCGUCCGGGCAAUACCGGGCGCUGCUGACGAGCAACAACGAGACGCACGGCAGAGUGGACGAAAGGCGCUCGAAACGGGUUGCUGCUCCGUGCGAUCGAGCGAUUAAAAAAUGCAGCAACAGCCCCAGGGCCAGCAGCAACCGUCCGGCGCGCCAAACGGCGUUGCCGGCGGGGCCCAAUUGCCUCAAGCGGCCGGAAUGAGCAGCCCCGGUCAGGCCGGGGCAACGGGAACCGCGACGGCAAUGGGCCCCAACAGGGCGCAAGUCAACGGUGGCAGAUUCGACUUCGACGACGGCGGCACCUUUUGCGGUGGUUGGGAGGACGGCAAAGCUCAUGGUCACGGCGUUUGCACCGGUCCCAAAGGUCAAGGAGCCUAUUCCGGAAGCUGGCACUACGGAUUCGAGGUCUCCGGCGUUUACACAUGGCCCAGUGGUUCCUUUUACGAGGGACAAUGGCAAAAUGGCAAACGGCACGGUCUUGGAAUGGAGACCCGUGGCCGUUGGCUUUACCGUGGAGAAUGGACAAAUGGUUAUAAGGGACGUUAUGGAGUGAGACAAUCCACGACAUCUACUGCGAGGUACGAAGGAACUUGGGCCCAGGGUUUGCAAGAUGGUUACGGUUCCGAAACAUACGCAGAUGGGGGUACGUAUCAAGGUCAGUGGGUGAAAGGGACACGUCAUGGAUAUGGGGUAAGGGCGAGUGCACCCUUUGGUUUGGCAAGUCAUUACAAGCCAACGAAGCAAAUUAGGGCAUCCUUAACUUCCUUAAGGAGUGCAGAAGGAGGACCACCGGCAGCAGCGCCAACGCCAGAUCCAAUGGACAAAAGAGACAAAAGGGUUGAUGAUAGUAGGGGUGGAUUUGUCCUGAAGGCCAGAAGCGAUGAUCCACCGGCAAGGCGGAAGAGCUUAACAGAGAAAUCCCUCAAGAAAGGCAUCCUCUCGGGGCUGAAGAUAAGAAAGCAAAGGAGCACGGGUGACCUUGAGAAGCGCGGUACGGGUGGCAGCAUCAGAAGCAACGCAAGCACAGCUUCCUGGAUGUCGACUGAGAGUUCUCAAAGUCAGGCUUCCGCUUCGGUUCACACCGAUAGUAACACGUCCUUCGUUAUCGAGGAUGAGCAAAUGGACGCCUCCGUUACGGAAACAUACCUCGGCGAAUGGAAGAACGAUAAAAGAACCGGAUUUGGAAUAUCCGAAAGAAGCGAUGGCCUCCGUUACGAGGGUGAAUGGUUCAAUAAUCGUAAAUACGGUUACGGUGUGACGACAUUUCGCGACGGCAGUAAAGAAGAGGGAAAAUAUAAAAAUAACGUUCUAAUAACAAGUCAAAAAAAGAAGCACAUGUUCCUAAUAAGAUCAGCAAAAUUUCGCGAAAGAAUAGAAGCAGCAGUUAAUGCCGCUCAAAGAGCAAGUAAAAUAGCACUGCAAAAAGCCGAUAUUGCAAUAUCGCGAACAGCAACAUCACGCGGUAAAGCUGAACUCGCCGAUAUUGCCGCUGAACAUGCGCGCGAAGAUUCCGAAUUGGCUCAACAAACAGCGCGACAAUUUGCUCCCGAUUUCCGACAACCGGGACUUGAGAGACUGAAGAAUCGCGAAAUUCCACGAUACGUGCCUCCACCUCAAGACAGUGUUCCCGGUAAAAGUAUUCUCCACAAAGCGGCAAGUGUCGAUCAGCCGAAUUACAAUCCAAACAAGACUGCAUUGUCUGAGGAGAAUAAUUCAUCGACAUCACCAAAUCCCGGUCCAAGUCACAUUAACCAAACGAUAAGAAGGGCAAGUAUGAAGCCAGCCCAAAAUCAAAUUCCACAACAGAACCAAGUGCAAAGCCAGAUGCUCAAUCAAAUAUCUAACCAAAUUCCAAAUCAAUUGACUAAUCAAGUUUCAAAUCAGAUAUCGAGUAUGCAGUACGCAAAUAAUCCCCAGACAUCAUCCUUAUCGAGUUCGAGUCCUUAUUCGCAGAUGAACAAUCAAUUUAAUCAAUCGCAGUUAACGAAUAGUAUACCGAAUCAAUUUCAACAACAGAAUACGCAACAAUAUUCAUCGAAUCAGUAUAUGCAAACGACGGCGACGGCGACGACGACUCAGGGUCAGUUUCAUGGUCAGGGUAAUCAAUAUGGACAAUCGCAGUAUCAAAAAUCCAAUCAGCAGGAGCUGUAUAACAAUUAUCCGCCCACGACGACAACGACCCAGGGAUUUCCGAAUCAGUAUCAACAAGGUUAUGCUGGCCAACAGAUAAUGCUUCCAAUAUCUCCAGUCAUGUACAGUCCCAUGACUCAGCCACAAAUGAAUCAAUUCGGAUCACAACUUUAUGGUACAAUACCAAAUCAGUAUGGUGCUGGCCAAAUGAAUCAGUACAAUACACAACAGCUAUAUGGUCAACAACAGCAACAACAACAGUAUCAAUCUGAUAGCAUGCCGGAUGGACAGAGGCCAUCGAGUGCAACUAGUAUACGAAGAAAUAGCAGAAUUUUAAGUCCUCAGGACAGACCAAACAUUGGUGGUGUAAAUCAAACGCUUAACGACAGGUUAGAUCAUUACAAAAGGCCACCGAGUAGAGACAGUUCCGUGGAUCGAUAUGCCAGAGCUCACUCUAGGUUGACGGGGUCUAGACAAGCAUCUGUUGAUAAAAUGGCAUCUCCGCCGCCUCAGGAUAUUCCUGAUAGAUCGAUAAGAGGACCCAGCGUGGCCAGAGCUGGAACACCUUUAAAUGGAUCAGUGAUAGGAAAUGGAGCUGCGACACCAACAACCGGAACACAAACUUCCGGUCAUUUUGAAGGAGCGAUUCUCAGGAAUAGAAAUCUAGGACAAGAUAUUUUACCGAGUCCUGGACAACCUAAAAGAACAGAGAGCUUAUAUGUCACGCCUGCUCGAGGAUCAGUACCUUCCGGCGGAAGUGGCGGUGGUGGUGGUGGUGGUGGUGGCAGUAUUGGAGGAGGUGUAGCGAUCAAGGACGCAAGCCGGACGGUCCCCGCCUUCGCCGCAACAGCAAAGGGCCGCGCAACCCUAUAAAGUAUAAGUAUCACAAAAAAAGCAAAAAUACAUCGAUAAUGUGAAUCGCCGAGCUUACUUAUGAGCGAUUCAAGCCUUAAAGAAAGGUCGCAUCCUCUCUUUCUCUCUCUAAAAAAAAAAAAAAAACUUUCUUGUCCUGUUAACAAAUAAUGCUCGCUGUUGUUAUUGUUGCACCGUUCAUUUUUUAAGGGAUAUUUCGCACACAAAAUCUCUAUUCACACUCAAAUGGUCGGGAGAAAAAAUUCUUUAGAAAAAAAUAUGUCCAGUUGAUUCACAUAUUUUCAGUAACAAACAGGGAGAUAUUUUCUAUAUUAAAAUAAAUAUGCAACAUUCGUUUAAUUAUUAGUAAUACACGAGACAUCCGUCCUUAAUAAAUUUAUCAUGUGUAAUAAUAAUAAUAAAAAUAGUAUAAUUAAGUACAUAAACAUUUUUUAGUGUAUAUUAAAUUAUUAAUUAGUAGAAAAUGUAGAUUCAAUCUUAGCGUGCGAUUUGAAAUGAUGAAAUGAAACAAUUAUAAAUUACUAAUGAUUAAUUAUUAACUAUUAACUAUUAAUAAUUAAUAAAAGAAACAAGAAAAAAUCGCCAAGAAACCAGUGAAUCAACCCGGCAUAUCUUCUUUUCACUAAUUUUUUGAACCAUGACGUUUUAUAGGUGGAGAUAUUUAACUGCUGAUACGCAAUCUGAUGAGUAUUUAAAAAAAAACAUCUUCCUUUAAUUAAGCCUAGUGCAUUUUUUUUCUCGCGCACAAAUACUUUUUGUCGAGCGAUAAAUCCUCUCGGUAAGUAAUUAUUUUUCUAUACAAAAAAAAAAUAUAUUCUCAAAAACAAAAAAUCUUUUUUAGAAUCAAUGGGGAGUUAUCGCUCGCCUAAAAAAUGCUUUCAAUAUAAAAUGAUGCAUUAAUAAAAAAUGCAUCAACAUAUAAAAUUGAUGCAAGAAACCGAAACUGCUUUGUACGAAACUAAAUUGUUCUUUUUCAUCAAUAUAUUAUAACGAAUAUGAUCAAUGUUAUUAUAUCGAAUUUCAAUGUUAUCGGAGGAAAAUUAGGACUGUAUGAUAAGCACGAUUCUAAAUGAUAUGAUUCAAAUGCUAUCUAUUAAGGAUUCGUGCCUCCAGCGAUCAUGAAAUGAUUUGAGUAUUAAGAUCCAUAUAUAGGUAUAUAUGUGAUAGUUAAAUUGAUCCUAUAUAAUAUGGUGAGGAAUAACGGAUGAGACCAUAUAUAUGAUAAUAUAUUAUAAUAAUAAAAUGCUCCAAGAAACUAAUUAAGAUUCAAGAAAUUUCUCUAAUUUGAAAUUAGAACACGUUUCAAAUUCGCAUUAUAAUGGUUCGUUUCGAAAUUAGAAUUUUCGUUUUCAAAAAUAUAUUCAAGGAAAAUCAUAUUUUAUUUUGAAAACA